AUGCUUCUUUCCUUGCAGGCGUUGUCUGCUAUUGUGGCUGUCGCCGCGGCUUCGCCCUCCCCGGACGAGAGCGCUUACAAAAUCCCCCGAGUGGGAACUGGGAGACGCUCCCAGUACUACGUCCGACACAGGGACGGCACCUUCAAGUAUGGCCACGACACUGGCGACGGCGCCUUCGAGACCGCACGCUCGUCUGCAGUUGGGGAGCAACGCGGCGCCUUCGGUUAUGUGAACCCUGAGGGCCAAGCAGUUAACUUGCAGUACGAAGCAGGGCAGUCCGGAUUCGUCCCUAAGGGCACCCACCUACCGGCCACACAUCCGGACUUCGACACUGCUCACGCUCUGGCCCGUAACCGCAGACCUUUCCGCGACCCCUUGGCCAACCCCAACGCCGACCCUUCGUACGGAUUUACCUUCCAGGGAGACGAGCACGCGCGCUCGGAGCUCAGUGACGCCAGCGGCAGAGUGCGAGGCUCAUACUCCUACAUUGACGAAACUGGACGAGCUCGCUCCUACACCUACACAGCUGGAAGCGGCAUUGGCUUCGUCAUUGAAGGGGACGACCUGCCACAGGAUCCACUCAACCCCAGCUCUACUCCCGCAGCCACUAAGCUCUCCUCUGCACGACUGCACUUUCCUGCAGUAGUCAACCAGCAACUGUUGCGCUCUGGUCCACUCCGCGUACAGACUUACGCCGCCUCUCCUAGCGCUACAACGCCCAGGCGACCCGUGGAACAGGCCAACGUGAAAACUUCUCUCGCUCUGGACGGCCGACAGUCGUUCGACUUCCACACUUCCACUCACUCCCGAGGAGAAACGGCCGACGCCAAUAACAACGUGGUUGGAAGGCUUUGCCUUCACCUCCGAGGACGACGGACAGAGAAGAAGUUGGAAGGAGACCAUCUGCCUCGCGGCCCAGCGGUUCCUGGAGCGCCCCUCGGGGUUCCCUCGGGGAACAUUGUUCCUGUGAGAGAAACGCCCUUCGUCGACCCUCUGGCAAACUCCAACACGGAUGCCUCUUACGCCUUCAAUUAUCAAGAAGAAGGACAAUCUCGAAGUGAGACCAGCGACCAAGACGGCACUGUGCGAGGCUCGUACACGUACACCGACGACGAGGGAAGAGUCAGGACGCUGACCUACACUGCAGGGAAGGGCAUCGGCUUCGUGGUGGAAGGCGACGGCGUGCCCGAAGUGGAGACAGCCAUUUCAGACGUGCUGUCUUACUCGUCGCCGUCAGUUCACUCCGUAUCGUCAGUAGUUUCACCGUCUGCGUCGUCAGCGUCGCCGGUGAGUUCACCAUCUGCCAGUCCCUCUUCCUCAGCAGCAGCUGGCAGUCGUUUCAGCUAUUCUUCGGGACGAGAUUUUCAGCUACGUCAGUACAAUGUGAAUGAGAAUCCGGACAAAACACUUUUCUAUUGCAUUCUCGAGUUACUACAAGGAGGCCUUUUGGAGGCUCUUGAACUAAAUAACAUCAACAAAUUAGGAGAGGUUACAGCAAGACCAAAAUAUCUCAAGGAUACAGGGACCCUCCCAGAUACUAAUUGGCAUAUAUUACACUAA